GAGAGAGAGAGAGAGAGAGAAGCGAGGUGUAGGGAAAUCGAGGGGGAGAGAACCCGAGUGUGUGUAUGCGUGUGCGUGUGUGAGCGCGAGCGAGCGAGUGAGGGAGAGGAGCGAGAGAGUGCGAGCGAGAAAGAAUAAAAGGAAAGAAGAUUUUCUCUAUGUAUAUAAAGAUGGCCACGUUAGCAAACGGACAGGCUGACAACGCGAGCCUCAGUACCAACGGGCUCGGCGGCAGCCCAGGCAGCGCCGGGCACAUGAACGGAUUAAGCCACAGCCCGGGGAACCCGUCGACCAUUCCCAUGAAGGACCACGAUGCCAUCAAGCUGUUCAUUGGGCAGAUCCCCCGAAACCUGGAUGAGAAGGACCUCAAGCCCCUCUUCGAGGAGUUCGGCAAGAUCUACGAGCUCACGGUUCUGAAGGACCGGUUCACAGGCAUGCACAAAGGUGAGUGCACCUUUCCCUCCCAACUUUGCCGGGGAGAAGGAGCGAGCGGGCCGCUGAGCGGCGGGCCGCGACUUGAAAGAUCGGAUAGGGACCGCUGCACCGGGCGAGUCCAAGCUGAGCGAACUGGCGGGCGCUCGGCGGGCCGGGGACCGAGGGUGCUGUCCAUAUCCGUGGUGCUGAAAAUACUACAGGAGAUGGUCUUUUCAUCCUCCUCUGGUGCCAGCGUGGCAGGAGAGCUCAGCUAUCUAAAAGGGGAGCGAGAUUCCCUGGGAGACCGGAAAAAGCGGGGGUCGACUUCCAACAAGGUGGCCCUGCGGGCCCAGCUCUACUUGGAGAUGAAUACAUAG